AUGGCCCCCUCCAGACAACAACGUAUCCUCGGCGCACUGCUCGGCGUCCAUGCCGGCGACAGCUUCGGCGCGGCGCACGAGUUCCAGAGCUGGGACGCCAUCCGCAAGAGCUUUCCGCCCAAGGGCCGCAUCCCGCGGGCCAUCACAGGCGGCGGCCCCUUUCACUGGUCGCCGGGGCAUGCCACCGACGACACGGACAUGACGCGGGCGGUCCUCUUGGCGUACAGUGAGGCGAACCGGAGCGGCGGCGACACGGACACGUUUCUGUCCGUCAGCCAGGCUGCGGGCCAGCACAUGCUGCAGUGGUUUUCGGGCGAUGGGUGGCCGGGGCGGCCGGACGGGACGCGGCCCAAGGACGUGGGCGGGGCGACGGCCGACGGGCUGCACCGGUUUGCCCGCCAGGCGAAGCGGGACCCGCGGCGUGCCGGUGCGGGCCCCGGGCGGUGCGGCAACGGCAGCCUGAUGCGGUGCAUCCCGACGGCGCUGUUUGCGCGCGACCACGUGCGGCUGCUGCAGGAGACGGCGCUGAUCUCGGCGAUUACGCACGACGACGGGCGGUGCAUCUUGGCGUGCGUGGCGUACAACGUCAUGGUGCGGGCGCUGGUGGGGGACGACACGACGGAGGCGACGACGCCGGCCGCAGCGGUCCAGCGCGCGCUGGAUGUCCUGCGGGACCCCACGACGACCGACGUCCUCGUGGCGGCCCUGACGGGCGACGGCGACGGCGGCCGUCCACCGCCGGACACGACGCUGCGGUCCACGCUCGCCGCCCACCGCGACGAGGUUGUGGCUGCCAUCGAAAAGGCCCGCGGCGCCGACUUUGACGUGGGCGUGCUGGCCGACGUCGGCCCGCACAAGGCCGUCCUCGCCAGCGGCGACAAGUGCCUCCGGCUGGCGGGCAACGGCUACGUGCUCGAAUCCCUGUCGCUGGCGGUGGCCGCGGUGCUGGACACCCAGCGGUCGUGGGAGGACCUGAUUGUCGACGUGGUCCGCGUGGGCCGCGACACGGACACCAACGGCGCCAUUGCCGGCGGCCUGGUCGGUGCGCGCGACGGGGUCGACGCCAUUCCCGCCGCGUGGCGAGCCAAGCUGCAGUUUCGGCACGAGUUUACAACGUUGGUGGACACCAUGGGGCAUGAGUAG